UGUUGUUGCAAUAAUGUCUACAGUUCAGCAUCUGAGAGAGUUUAUCGAGGAGAGAUUAACUUCUGCUGCAGAAGAAAUCUUCUCAGAGUUUGCAAAAACGAUCGUCCGGUAUGAGGAGGAGAUCAGUCAGCUAAGACUGCUGAAUAUCAGACCCGGGAUAAAGUCACACAAUACAGUCACUAUUUGCUUGUGUCCCUUUGUUGGACACGGAGGUCUGGAUGAUCAGCAGGUCUGUGACCAGGAGAGGAGCUCCAGUCUCAACCAGGAGGACCCAGAGCCUCCACAGACCAAAGAGGAACAGGAGGAAAUAUGCAGCAGGGAGGAAAGAGAGCAGUUUGAACUGAAGCAGAAGGCUGAAGGCAUUCAUGUCUGGACCGGGGAAGAGCUGGAUUUGUUGUGUAAACCUGGAGUAAAGCUGACCAGAAUUGGUCUGGAUGAUCAGCAGGUCUGUGACCAGGAGAGGAGCUCCAGUCUCAACCAGGAGGACCCAGAGCCUCCACAGAGUAAAGAGGAACAGGAGGAAAUGUGCAGCACUGAGGAAGGAGGGCAGCUUGAACUGAAGCAGGAGGCUGACGGCAUUAAUGUGUGGACUGGGGAAGAGGUGGAUUUGUUGUGGAAAUCUGGAGUAAAGCUGACCACAGUAGACCUCCCACAGCAACAUGAUUGUAAGGAAAAUGAGGACCUGGAUGACCCGCAGGUCUGUAGCCAGGAGAGGAACUCCAGUCUCAACCAAGAACACCCGGAACAGGAGGAAAUGUACACCAAUCAGGAAGGAGAGCAGCUUGCACGUAACCACGAAACCAAAGGCGGCAUCGUCUGGACUGGGCAGGAACUAGGCAUCAUGUGGGACCCUGAAGUAAAGUUGUCCAGAAUAGAUUUACCACAACAUUACUGUAAGGAUGAGGGAGGGCUCACAGAUCAGCAGGUCUGUAUCCGGAAGAACAACUCCAGUCUGGACCAGGAGGAUCCUUCGCAGAUUAAAGGGGAACAGGAGAAACUCAGUACCACUCAAGAGGGAAAACCGCUUGUACGAAAGCAGGAGACUGGAACAUUUCCUGCCUGUAAAGAAAGUGACCAUAGUGAACCAGGACCAAGCAGUGACCAGCUCCUUUCUCACAACUCUCCUGACACAGAUCAGGACGAAAGAAAGGAUGAUAAAUCAGACAGAAAUAAGUCGGAGCAAAUCGUAUCAGGCCUGUCAGUUCAAAAUUCCAAGACAGUACAUUUAUGUGGCACCUGUGGAAAAAAAUUUAAUACAAAAAAAAACUUGAAUCGACAUAUGCAAAUUCACAAAGGUGAGAAACCACAUUCUUGCGGCACCUGUGGGAAAAGAUUUAGUUGUAUGUCACACGUGAAUAGACACAUGCAAAGUCACACAGGUGAGAAGCCACAUAUUUGUAGUACCUGUGGGAAAAGAUUUCAUUGUAUUUCAGACUUGACUAGACACAUCAAAACUCACACAGGUGAGAAACCAUAUCCUUGUAGCACCCGUGGGAAAAGAUUUACUAGGAAGGGACAUUUGAAAAUUCACAUGGAAUAUCAUGCAGGUGAAAAACAAUAUUCCUGUAGCACUUGUGGGAAAAGAUUUAAUGUAAAAUCAAGUUUGAAAUCCCACAUAACAAUUCACACAGGUGAGAAGCCAUAUUCCUGUAGCACAUGUGGGGAAAGAUUUCGUCUAAACAUACAGUUGAAGAGACAUAUGCGAAUUCACACAGGUGAGAAGUCUGAGUCACAGAGAGGGCCCAAACUGUCCAAAGUUGUAGAAUCCCCUAAUUAGUGAAAUUUAUAGCUUACAUUUAGUAGUGCAACUUGUUUUAAAGGCAUGAAAAUCCGUAGUAUUAAUAGAGCUUGGCAUUGUCACUGAUUUCUAGAAUCGAUACGAUCCACGAUUCGAUUUGAAUCUGGGAAAUUUUGCCUCAGUUAGAAAUAUUAUUAUUCUGAUCACGUAUCAGUACAUAUCCAUAUCUUUGUAUCUAUAAAAAGAAAGCUGACACUUGCGAGACCCUAUCAAAGGUGUAAACAUCACAGCAGAUGCCUUUGUGUCAAAGUAAUUGAGGAUAAAAGACAGAAAAACAUGAAGGCAAUUUUCCUGGCCUGGGAUUUUAUAGCAGACGACCUUUAAAAAUAUUCUGUGU